AUGUUGCGUGCGCUUGUUUGUCGAGUGGAUUUGCUAACUAUUUACCCCACAAUCAGAGCCCAAUUUCAUACAUCCGGCGUCGAUUAUACAACUCCUCUCAAUGUUGCGACCGUUACAAUUCCCAAGACCGAUCAUGAUAGUCUUUUGAUAUCGGCCCGGCAAUAUGCCAAUCUCAGACGCAAUCUAUUUCGAGGAGGAAUUGCAGAAGAGACCCUUGCAGUUUUAAUCAAGGACGAUACGCCUCUGGCGGAAAACGAAGCGAACGCUACAUCGCUCCAAGCAGACUCUCUCACUGGAGUGGGAUUAAAUUCGCAUUCGCUGCCGACGAAUGGUGGUCAGGAUUAUACAUACGGACGCAAUGCUAACUACACUCCUCGAAACUCGGAUCUCCGCCAGCAGAAUACAAAUGGAUUCCAGGGCCAGUUUCAAACCAACGAUGACUUUUCAUACAUGCCCGACGGUCCAGAUGGCUUUUACGAUGAAGGAAGCGGAAAUCAUGAUUCACAGUCUAAGACACAGACGCAGCGGCAACAGUAUGACAAGUUUGCUAAACGCACCGUGCAACUAGCUAAUUUACAUGAAAUGACGACUCAUGCGGACAUUGUUGAUGUUGUCAGGGGUGGUAUGUUACUUGAUAUAUAUCUACGUUCGCACGAUCGUACAGCGAGCAUAUCAUUCUUAGAAGAAGCUCAUGCCCAGGAUUUCUUUCGACAUGUCAAACGUCAUGAUCUGUAUGUCCGAGGGAAGCGAGUCGAGAUUCGAUGGAACGAUCGCCAAUUUAUUCUCCCGGGUCAUGUGGCAAACAAAAUCACCAUAGGGGCCACCAGAAACCUCGUAAUCCAGAAUCGUACCCCAAAACAUACCGAAGAACUGAUACGCGACCAUCUCGAACAUAUUCAUAACCUGAUUGUAAUCAAAAUUGGCUUCAGAGAUCAGAACGUUCACAUUUCUACCAACUCAGUACAUAAUGCUAUGUUCGCUAGAACUUGUUUGAUGAGCCGCGCUAUUUACAAGGGAUCCAAGAUCGAAUGGGAUGAAGAUGAAUGCGCCGCUCCACUCGAGCGACCGCAGCAAUUCCAGAGGGAAAAUACAGUUCCCAAGAAGAAAAAAGAGGCCCCGAGAAUGAAUCGUUUCCAGCUUUUACAUACUGAUGAUGAUGAAGAUCCAGUCGAUGAAGAAGGCGAACACGACACGCAUGGGAUCUCGAUUCCACUUCCUAUGCCAAAUUUCACUGGAAUUGCAGCAUAA